AUGAGGCCCAUCCUGCGGUCCCCGGGCUCAGGCUCCUUGCAAUGGGGCCAUACACCUCGGACGAGGUCUGGUCGAAUCCAACGCCGGUUCUUUGCUGCGGUGGCGGACGCAGUAAGGCCAUACGAUGUCGUCGUCAUCGGCGGCGGCCAUGCAGGCACCGAAGCCAGCGCGGCGGCAGCGAGGUCAGGCGCGCGGACAGCUCUGGUCACACCGUCCCUCUCCAAUCUAGGGGUAUGUUCAUGCAACCCCAGUUUCGGCGGAAUCGGCAAGGGCACGAUGUUGCGGGAAAUCGAUGCUUUGGACGGAGUCGCUGGUCGAAUCAUUGACAAAGCUGGGAUUCAAUUCCGCGUGCUGAACAAACGGAAGGGCCCUGCGGUCUGGGGCCCCCGGGCACAGAUUGACAGGGACUUGUACAAGAAUUACAUGCGGGAAGAGAUACUGUCGACGCCGAACCUGAGUAUCCUGGAAGGCAAGGUCGCGGACAUCAUUGUGUCGAAAGACGACAUCGAUCCAAGCGACAAGGUCUCCCAGGGCCGAAUCACCGGGAUUCGCCUCGAGGAUGGGCAAGUCAUCCCGGCUUCGCACGUGGUCAUCACUACAGGCACAUUUCUGGGCGGAGAGAUCCAUAUUGGCCUUGAGGCAUAUCCGUCGGGACGGAUGGGAGAGGCCGCCACUUUUGGAUUAAGCCAGUCGUUGAAGAGUGCUGGAUUCACUCUGGGAAGACUCAAGACCGGCACUCCGCCUCGUUUGGAUCGAGACACGAUCGAUUUCAAACUGCUUGAGACCCAGCCGGGUGACUCGCCGCCCACGCCUUUCUCAUACUUGAACGACAGCGUCCAGAUCGGGAAUGAAGGUCAGUUGCAUUGUUGGAUAACAUAUACCAACGAGGCCGCUCACGAUAUCAUCCGUGCCAACCUCGACAAGUCGAUCCACAUCCGCGAAACAGUAAAAGGGCCGCGUUACUGUCCCUCGCUCGAAUCGAAGAUCAUCCGCUUUGGACACAAGUCGCGACACUUGAUAUGGCUGGAGCCCGAAGGGCUGGAACCGAACAAGAUCAUCUACCCGAAUGGAAUCAGCAUGACGGUGCCGGCCGAUGCACAGUACGCUAUGUUGAGGACAAUCAAGGGCUUGGAGAACGUGAAAAUGUUGCAACCAGGCUACGGGGUGGAGUAUGAUUACAUCGACCCUCGCAAUUUAUUCCCGACUCUCGAAACCAAACUCAUCAAAGGUCUUUUCUUGGCCGGCCAAAUCAACGGCACUACGGGCUACGAGGAGGCCGCUGCACAGGGGAUCAUUGCUGGUAUCAAUGCUGGUCUCUCAGCCCAAGGGAGAGGGCCAUUCACUCUCUCUCGAGCCGAAGCGUUCAUCGGGAUUUUGAUCGAUGAUCUCAUCACCAAAGGUGUCAGUGAACCGUAUCGAAUGUUCACCGCCCGCAGCGAAUACCGCAUGAGCUGCAGAUCGGACAACGCAGAUCUUCGGUUGACGGAGAAGGGCCGAGAAGUAGGUGUGGUGGGCGACAAACGGUGGGCACACUAUACCAGCACUCGGGAUCAGAUCGCCGAGCUCCAAGACGCUUUGCAGGGCGCGGUUCUCUCCAGCCAGGAAUGGGUGAAACAUGGGAUUCAGACACGCGUCGAUUCGACAAAACGAAGUGCAUUCGACAUGCUUCGCCUGCCGGGAAUCGACGUAGACGUGGUCGCCAGCCGCCUAGAUACACUACCUAGUCCAGCCAAUUACGACGACAAAAUCAAGACACGAGUGCAGAUUGAAAGUCUCUACGCACCCUAUAUCUCCUACAAAGCGCGAGCGGCUGAGGGGUUCCUACGGGACGAGUCACUUGCUUUACCGGCCCACCUUGAUUAUGAUAAUGUGAAUGGGUUGAGUAUGGCGGAGAAGGAGGUCUUGAAACUCGUCAGGCCUUUGAGCGUGGGUAUGGCGAGGAGGGUCGAGGGACUUACCCCGGACGGAGCGUUGCGUUUGAUCAAAUACGCUCGUCGAGCGGAUUCUGCUGCGUCCAGAACUCCCAGUACAGCGUUGCCUAGCGAGCAGACGCUGAAGACACGAUUGCCUGGCACGGAGGAUGCGGCUGGUUUGGGCCAGUGA